UAUCAAAUUAGAAUUCCGCAUUUAAUCAGCCAUAAAGAGUGAAACACGACACAAAGGUCAAUGGCUGUCUUCUUUUUUGAAUGUCUUUAAAACACGAUGAUUUUAAAAUAUUUGCAUCGAUCCCCCCAAAAGUUAUUUAUAACCCGGGAGGACCCAUUUUACCCAGAUUGAAUGUGAAAAAAAGAAAGGUGUGAAACGGGCAUGUGAUUUAAGUAAUCAGUUUUAGGAAAGAAUAUCUUAAACAAAUGGUGUAAUACGAUCGCUCAGAAAAUGCUGAAAAAAUAUUUGCUUGGAGUAGUUUAAACUUAGGGCGUCGUUGGGCAAGAACAAGUAACUUUUGUGAGAAGUUGAUAAAAGCUUCUGUUUGAGAGUGAUCGGAUUGCCCAUCAGUACACUGUACACUCCACGCCUCCUGUUGCUCAGCUUUGUUUGUUAUCGAGAACAAAAUAACUCGGACAACAUUUAUAGCAGCUGAGACCUCCAGUGAUUGUCAAGUUAUGAGAGUGAAUGAAUAGAGUGAGUCUAGACAGUGUGGUCAUUACGAUUCUUGUCAAAAUUGUUUUCAUGGUUCAGGCGAUGAAAAGCUUCCUUUUUCGAGUGUUCCUGACGUGUAUCUUUCUAACGUGUACGAGUAUAAUUCUGGUCACUAACACAGUGAAAACCAAAUUUGAAGGACCUCGCUACGAUCUGAAAGAGCCUUCCAAAGUCUAUGGCAUCACGAAAAAAGACAUGACCCCCACAAACGCUUCUACCAUGCUGAACGUGUCCAAGACAAUAACCACGCCAUUUUAUGCACACGUUACCUAUAUAACAAACCCUUCUACAAUCUGUGAUUCUUUCAAAACUUAUAAUGGAACCAAAAUAUUAAUGCUUGUAAAGUCUUCUCCAGAAAACUUUCAUUUACGAAAAUGGAUACGUUUUAAAAGUCAAUUCUAUAAAGAUUUCAAGGAUGCUGUGAAGACGUUGUUUCUGUUGGGCCAUUCCGCCUCUAGAGAUCCUGAUAUCCUGAAGGAAAGCCGAGCGUACGGGGACAUCAUCCAGGGAAGCUUCCAGGACGCGUACAGAAACCUGACCUAUAAAACGGUGAUGGGAUACAGAUGGAUGAGCGAGUACUGUAAGGACUCGGAGUUUGUCGUGUACAAAGACGACGAUUUUAAGAUUAAUAUUGUUAAUCUGAUGAAGCACAUUAAGGGCCACAAAGCACCACAGACCAUGUUUAUGGGAAAUCUAGUCAAAAAGGGACGCAUGAUAUAUCGUAAUCCAAAACAUAAAUGGUAUCUUUCCAAAGAAGAUUAUCCUCAAAAUGUUCUUCCGCCCUAUUUUCCUGGAGGUGUUUACUUAGUAAGCGCAACCAUUGCCAAACAAUUAGUUUCAAAUUUUCACUCAGUGAAAUGGUUACCAAUUGAUGAUGUUUAUAUCGGACUUGUUGCACAAAAAUUAAAUAUUACCCUCACGCAUUCAAAACUAUUUGAAUUUAAGAACUGUGACAAAUUCCAUGCAAAUUUGGCCUGUAGAGAGUUCACAAGACCCCAAGAGGUGUUGGAUGCGUGGAGGACCAUGACUAUUUAUGACAUUGAACACAAGAAAACAAGCUGAUGUAAACCGCAUCUAGUACCAUAACGCAAUACCUCAUAUACGUGCAAUAUAUAUAGUUACAAUACUAUGCAAGUCAUUCCCAUCUGUUGGUCGAGUCGAAAAGCAGAAUCAAAGAAUUGCCCUUCAAAAUGCCCGAGUCAAAUGUAUAACCCCGCUAAUGACAGCCUGAUAUACCAGGUAGUUGAGGGCUACUCGAGCGGAGCGUGGUAUUUAUGGCAAUAAAACAAUCAAACGAACACUUAUUUAUUAAUGUGAGCGUCAUGAACUUGCCCAUUUUCAAAAUAAAUCUUUGAUGAGAACA